AUGUCCGAGUCCACCGCCGCCGCGGAGGACAAGAAGCAGCAGCCCCUUCCACUCCCGGCGCCCGAGCAAGACACCGCCGCCGCCGUCAGGGGCGAUGGCGUGACGGCGCUACGCGUGGGUGAGUCCGUCCGGCUCGACGCGCUGGGCCCGCUCGUGGUCAACGCCGACGGGUCGAUGGGGAGGGUUGGUAAUUGGGCUGGCAUGACCGAGGGGGAGAGGGAGGCUACGCUGAGGCUGCUGGGGAGGAGGAAUAAGCAGCGUCUGGAGGCUCUCAGGGCGAAGAAGGUCGAGGAGGAGAAGCAGAAUGGGGAGUAG